AUGAUGACACUGCUUCUGAUUCUCCUCUCCAUGGUGACGCUGAAGUCCCUCCUGGAUCGCCCGAGCCUAACUCGCCUAACAGGCCUCCUGCGACUGUGGAUUCUGGGCCGCCUGAGUCUGCUUCGCCUAAUGGGCCGGCUGCUGCUGCGGAUUCUGGGUCCACUUCCGAGCCCAGGACACCAGGACCCACUCUCGCGUCCCCUGGGCCGUCCUCCUCUACCAGCGACGGAACCGAUACUUCUGGGCCUCUUCACUCCACGACAGGCCCACAUCCAAGUCCAGCUGCCGCAAGUCCAGCUCCAGUUUUGCGACGCGGCGAUCGUGAACGAUGGCGGCAAAUUCGUCGAUGAGCAGCGCGGCGACCUCGCCAUCGCCAUCGCCUUCCCCUCUCUCCUCUCUUCCUCCAGGUCCAAAUUUUCCUCCUCUGUUCCUCUCCCCGCCGUUGCCUCCCCCGGCCUAGUCGUCAUGUCCGCCGAAUGGAUGUCCGACCAGCCCCGACCCGCCUACCUCGACGGCUCUGCCCCCGGUGACUUCGGGUUCCACCCGCUCGGAUUGGGCACCGUUCCGGAGAACCUGGAGUGGUUCAAGGAGUCGUAG